UUGAUGGCUAAAGGCCACAAAGACCUCCUGGGAUAUUUGUUCAUAAUAAUGUUUGUAACCCUGUUUCUUUCUUGUGUCUUUGUAGCCUUAUUUCUACUAAAACCAAAUCUGCUUUUCUUUAGAUGGUCUCAUAGAUGAUGCUGUUAGAUCUUCAUGUUCAUUGAAAUGCUAUGUAAAAAUGUUUUAAAGCUAUGGCACUGUGUAAAGUGUUCCAUCUGAUUUGAUCUGAGAGGUGAUAUUAAUUACUAAAGCCAGAUAUAAGUACCUUUUUUAUUAGCCAAAUGCUACUUUUUUAAGAGUUUAGAGGGUGCGCCAGUUGUUAAGUCUCUGAAUAGAAACUGAAACACAUGUGGGCAGUCCUGCAAGCAAGUUUCACACUUCUAACGCCCUAAAGUUUAACACAUUUUGAACUUUGUUUCUGUACUCAGUGUGGAAACAUAUGAAUGAGAUCAUUUCAUGUAUAGGAACUUUAGAGAAUUUUUUAAUUAUUAUGUAGACUUUUAUUUAUUUAUUUAUUUUGAUGGAUGCAGGUACUAUUGUCUUUUGAAUGGUUUUAGGGCAUCUCUAAAUGUAUUCUGACGGUUGGUAGGUGGUUGUUUUUCCAGCUCAGAAAAAAUAGCGGACAUCUCCUCAACAACCCACAUGAUUUGUCACUAAUGUUUGUUGGAAAUUAAUAUCUCUGAACUGCAGGAUCAGUUAUGUACCAAAGAGUAAGAUUUAGAGUGAUGGGUGGUUUGUUCCCUAGCAACAAAAAACAAUACAAAAAAAACAAAAAAAAACAAUGCUUGCCUUAACAACCGCUAUAAACACAACAAACCAAUGCAGUCAAAUGACUCAUAGCGCCACAGACGAAAUGAAGUCAUACUGAUUUAAACGACAUGAGGAGACUCCAGACAGUGUGUCCAUCAGCACUGUGAAUCACAUCGGACCAAUGAAGGAGGGAAACCAGUAUGAGCUUCAGUGUGACGUUCUCAAUGUGGCUCCUGUUCAGAAUCUCACUGUCAAAUGGUACAAAGGACAGACUCUGGUGGAUCAAAUCACCUUCAGUGACACCAUCAAGACUCCAGUGAAUGAAACAGCCACACUCAUGAUCCGUCCAGACAGAUCUGAUGAUGGAGUUCAGUACAGGUGUGAAGCAGAGCUGGAACUGGGAGAAGAAGGACCUCAACCUCCUCCUAAUUUCACAUCAGAUCCUCUCAACCUUACUGUAUUUUAUGAACCGAUCAUCAAUGAGACCAAACUGCCCUCCAGAGUGUCUGUGUUUCGAGGAUAUCCAGUGGAGAUUGUUUGUAAAGCCAAAGGAAACCCAAAACCAACAAUCAGCUGGAAUCUCGGCACAAAUAACACAGUUUAUAAUGAAACUCUCACUAUAACAGAUUCAACACCAGAGGAACUGUCCUGCAUUGCAAACAAUUCUGUUGGCACUGACAUCAGACAUGUAAAAGUGUCCAUUCAAGAGACUCCAGACAGUGUGUCCAUCAGCACUGUGAAUCACAUCGGACCAAUGAUGGAGGAAAACCAGUAUGAGCUUCAGUGUGACGUUCUCAAUGUGGCUCCUGUUCAGUAUCUCACUGUCAAAUGGUACAAAGGACAGACUCUGGUGGAUCAAACCACCUUCAAUAACACCAUCAAGACUCCAGUGAAUGAAACAGCCACAAUCAUGAUCCAUCCAGACAGAUCUGAUGAUGGAGUUCAGUACAGGUGUGAAGCAGAGCUGGAUCUGGGAGCAGAAGGACCUCAACCUCCUCCUAAAGUCACAUCAGAUCCUCUCAACAUUACUGUAUUUUAUGAACCGAUCAUCAGUGAGACCAAACUGCCCUCCAGAGUGUCUGUGUUUCGAGGAUAUCCAGUGGAGAUUGUUUGUAAAGCCGAAGGAAACCCAGAACCAACAAUCAGCUGGAAUCUCGGCACAAAUAACACAGUUUAUAAUGAAACUCUCACUAUAACAGAUUCAACACCAGAGGAACUGUCCUGCAUUGCGAACAAUUCUGUUGGCACUGACAUCAGACAUGUAAAAGUGUCCAUUCAAGACGGUGACUGUCCUAUUGAGCUCAACCCACAGAGAGCUGUUGUGAGGUAUGGUGGUUCUGUGGCAGCCGACUGCAAAACUUAUGUCCAGCAUGAUGGGAUGGGAUGGGAAGCCAGUGAGGGAGCAGUGCCCAUGAGCAAAGACAAUCUGAUCACAUGGAGAGUGUCAAACCUGAGAGAAUGGGACAUAGAACCAUUCUGCUACAUAAACCAUAAGGAACAGUGUCAAAAAGAGCUCCCAGUGACUGUUUACAAGACUCCAGACAGUGUGUCCAUCAGCACUGUGAAUCACACCGGACCAAUGAAGGAGAGAAACCAGUAUGAGCUUCAGUGUGACGUUCUCAAUGUGGCUCCAGUUCAGAAUCUCACUGUCAAAUGGUACAAAGGACAGACUCUGGUGGAUCAAACCACCUUCAGUGGCACCAUCAAGACUCCAGUGGAUAAAACAGUCACACUCAUGAUCCGUCCAGACAGAUCUGAUGAUGGAGUUCAGUACAGGUGUGAAGCAGAGCUGAAACUGGGAGAAGAAGGAUCUCAACCUCCUCCUAAAGUCACAUCAGAUCCUCUCAACAUUACUGUACAUUAUGAACCGAUCAUCAAUGAGACCAAACUGCCCUCCAUAGUGCCUGUGUUUCGAGGAUAUCCAGUGGAGAUUGUCUGUGAAGCCGAAGGAAACCCAAAACCAACAAUCAGCUGGAAUCUCGGCACAAAUAACACAGUUUAUAGUGAAACUCUCACUAUAACAGAUUCAACACCAGAGGAACUGUCCUGCAUUGCAGACAAUUCUGUUGGCACUGACAUCAGACAUGUAAAAGUGUCCAUUCAAGAUAAACCGAUCAUCAAUAAGAUCAAACUGCCCUCCAGAGUGUCUGUGUUUCGAGGAUAUCCAGUGGAGAUUGUUUGUGAAGCCGAAGGAAACCCAAAACCAACAAUCAGCUGGAAUCUCGGCACAAAUAAUACAGUUUAUAGUGAAACUCUCACUAUAACAGAUUCAACACCAGAGGAACUGUCCUGCAUUGCAGACAAUUCUGUUGGCACUGACAUCAGACAUGUAAAAGUGUCCAUAAAAGACGGUGACUGUCCUGUUGAGCUCAACCCACAGAGAGUUGUUGUGGAGUACGGAGGUCCUGUGUCAGUUAACUGUAGCACUUCUAUCCCGCAUGAUGGGAUGGGAUGGGAAGCCAGUGAGGGAGGAGUGCCCAUGAGCAAAGACAAUCUGAUCACAUGGAGAGUGUCAAACCUGAGAGAAUGGGACAUAGAACCAUUCUGCUACAUAAACCCUAAAGUUGGUGACCAGUGUUUAUCAUAUCUCCCAGUGACUGUUUACAAGACUCCAGACAGUGUGUCCAUCAGCACUGUGAAUCACACCGGACCAAUGAAGGAGAGAAACCAGUAUGAGCUUCAGUGUGACGUUCUCAAUGUGGCUCCAGUUCAGAAUCUCACUGUCAAAUGGUUCAAAGGACAGACUCUGGUGAAUCAAACCACCUUCACUGACACCAUCAAGACUCCAGUGGAUAAAACAGUCACACUCAUGAUCCGUCCAGACAGAUCUGAUGAUGGAGUUCAGUACAGGUGUGAAGCAGAGCUGGAUCUGGGAGAAGAAGGACCUCAACCUCCUCCUAAAGUCACAUCAGAUCCUCUCAACAUUACUGUACAUUAUAAGCCACAAAUUAAUCUUUGUGAGGACUGGUCUCCAAAGAAUGAGACACCAUUGGUUUCAUAUCCAAAUUUAAAUUCUAUUAAGGGUAACCCUCGUCCAAACAUCUCUUGGAGACGCAAAUCAUCACCACUCAGUGCUUUUGUACCUCUUAACACAAAUGAUUCAGGCAAAUAUGAACUCACUGCCAGUAAUGAACUUGGUAAUUUCACGUGUACCAUAAACAUCUUAGUAGAGUAUCCUCCACAGCUGAACUGCGGGGAGAGAUACGAAGUAAAAGAGAAAACAGACUGGCAACCUCCUUGUUUUGCUGGUGGAUUACCAAAGCCUUAUAUCUUCCUCUACAAAAAUGGAAAAAAUAUCCAGCUUCCCUUUUAUCCCAAAUGGAAUGACAGUGGCUUGUAUCAAUUAAAUGCAAGUAACAAACAUGGAGCUGUGAAUUCUUAUUUCACUCUAAAUAUCCUGUAUGCCCCAAUGAUUCAUGCCAGCCAAGACAAGUUUUCUGUGGAAGAAGACAGCAAUAUAACCCUAGAGUGCAAUUCGACUGGUAACCCAGAACCUGAUGUGUGGUGGAGCUUUAAUAAUAAGAACAUCUCCACUAGGAGGCGCCACAUCUUAAACAUUGAGAAAGCCACGUCUACCAGUGCUGGAGUUUAUACAUGCAGUGCCAAGAAUAAUGUUGGACACAAGGACAAGAACUUCGUAGUGGAGAUAAGAGGCAAGCCUCCAAACUACAUUCUAUAUGUUGUAGCGGCACUGCUUGUACUGCUUGUAAUCAUUGCAUUAUGUCUCUAUUUGUGGAAAAAGAACAAAUCUUCUGGAAGUUAUGAUAUACAGCCAGAGCAUGAAAUGCACCUGUUAAGCAAUGGAGUAAAAUCCUAACAUUGAACAAAGACGAUAUAGUCUAUUGAACAUUCAGAUUAAAAUGAAUAAAUACAUUCGAUAAAAAAAA